ACAAAUAGUGAAAUACCUAAACUAGAUUUAGAUCUAGAUCUAUAUAGAUCUAUAUAUAGAUCUUAGACAUCUAAAUUAGAUAUUUUUGCUUUUAAACCAAAUUCUGAAAAAGUUUUCAAGUUUCCAACCAAUAACCCUGAGAAACACACCACAUUUACAUCUGUCUUGUUAUUAAUCAUGCACAUUUUAAGAUUAAUUAUUAAGUUAUUCAAAGAUGGAAUUCAAAGCUGUUCAGGAUGCUGUCAUUGCAAACAAUUUAUCUUUCUUUGAGAACUCCAGCACAGAACUGCUAGCUUGCAUGCAACACAGUAAAUCUUUUGAUACGCCUCUACAUAUUGCCUGCAGACUUGGCAAGGCAGACAUUUUGAAAUAUUUGAUUGAUUCUAAUAAAACAAAUCUUGAAGCCUGUAACAGAGAGGGCAAACGACCAUUGCAUGAGGCAGCUCACAAUUCCCAUGAUGACUGCGUCUGCUUGUUACUUGGUCAUAAAGUACAAGUUGAUCCUUUCAAAAGUGGAGACUGGACACCAUUGAUGUUAGCAUGUACAAAGUCAUCACUAAGCACUGUACAGAUUUUACUGCAGACAGGUGCUGAUCCCUGUCUUAAAAACAAAGAUGGAUGGAACUCAUUUCAUAUAGCCUGCAGAGAAGGUCACUUGACUAUUGUGCAAUGUUUAAUGAAAUUUCAACCAGAUAUUUGGAACACAAAAAGUAAAAAUCAUAGAAGUCCUCUACAUACAGCAGCUCUUUAUGGUAGAACAGAGACUGUACUGUAUCUUGUUACUGAAUGCAGCUACUGUACUGAUGAGAAAGAUUGCUGUGGAGUGACACCUUUAAUGGAUGCCCUGAGAGCAGGACACGUUGACACAGCACAUGUUCUAAUAAACCUUCACAAGGCUAGCAUCAUAGAAGAAGACAAAAUGGGCAGACAAUCUCUCCACCUCACUGCACAGUCUAGCAUGUUAACAGCAUUAGAAUAUUUACUUGGCAAAGGAUUAUCUGUAAACUCACGAUCAGCUAGACUUCUGGAGACACCUUUACAUCUUGCAGCUAUGGAAGGCCACAGUCAAACUGGAGAGAGAUUGAUAGAACUUGGUGCUGAGAUCAAUGCAAGAGAUUACAGAGAGCGUUCAGCUUUACAUUAUGCCAGCUGUGGCCAACAUUGUGAUUUUGUUGCUUUACUUCUCUCUCAUGGAGCUGAAUGUUUUCCUGAUGUUAAUGGACACUUACCACAAAGUAUGGCUCAGAAAACAUCUUUGAAAGAAAUUUUUAGGAAAUAUAUGAACUUUUCAACAUAAAUAAGAUAACAAAGAGGCAGCCCCCUUCAGAGUCGGAUCUCUGUCGGAUCUGCCUAUUCGCAAGAAUAUUCAAGACAUGAUCUUGUUUUGAUUGUCAAAUGUAAUAAUGUUUCAAAGAUUCAUUUUGCUUGUAAAAAAUUUGUUUUUUUUUCUGUAAAAAGAUUUUCAUGUUUUGGAUGUUCCUUCAAAAUUAAAGAUAAUUUACAUCCUUAUCCAAAUCUCCCACUGGACGACGGGAUGGGAGCGAGCAGGGUAUGAAACCGGGACCAUCAAGAUAAUCAGUCCAGCAUGCUAACCACAUGACUAGGCAUUCCUGUUAACUUAAUAACAAACUAAUAGCCUAUUAUUGAUAAAGAGAUAUAUUACAGAUUACGGCAUGAUAAAUACCGGAUAUAUACAAUAUGUCAGAUGAGCAAUUUCAGAUAAUCUUUUGGUAUUGAUUUGUAAUUGAAAAAAAAAAAAAAGAACAAGGCAUCGAGCUUGUGCUUCGGCAACGUCUACUCGAUGUCCCAGCACAGUUACCAACAGAGCUAUUGGCAUUUUUAUUUAAAUGAAACUAGAAUGAGGAUGUAGAUCUACCUAACCCUAACAUCAAUAGUAUCCAAUCUAGUCGGGCCUCCCAAAGGAAUUAGUGAUAGGCUCAUGACCCUAAAGCUGCCUUUACAAAACGGAAAGAAACAUAUUUCCAUUGUUAGCUGUUACGCACCCACCAUGACCAACCCAGAUGAUGUCAUAGCAAAGUUUUACGAAGAACUAAACUCCACCUUACUUGAUAUUCCAAAAACAGAAAAGCUACUCAUUCUCGGUGACUUCAACGCAAGAGUCGGCUCUGACAAUCACAUCUGGAAAGGAGUCUUAGGCAAAUUUGGGAUAGGUCAAUGCAACAGCAACGGGUUAUUACUACUCCAAACCUGUGCUGAACACAAGCUGCUCAUAUCGAACACAAUAUUCAGUCUUCCAAUGAGAAAGCGAACUUCCUGGAUGCAUCCCCCGCUCAAGACACUGGCACCUCAUAGAUUACGUCAUCACCAGACAAUCUGACCGUCAGGACAUUCGUGUCACCAAAUCUUGCUGUGGUGCAGAAUGUGGAACAGACCACCGCCUCAUCAUCACAAAACUAAACAUUCGUAUCCAACCAAAGAGACGUCCGCAAAAAUCAAAACCCCUAAAAAGGGUUAACACGGCCGCUUAGCAGAUGACAAAACUGAAAAGUCGCUUGCAGAUGCAAUAGAGAACUGCCUCAAGUCCACUGUUCUAACUGAAUCAAAUGUAGAUAAAAGCUGGGAAUGCUUCAAAGAAGCUAUCUAUAGCACAGCAUUAAACAUACUCGGUCCUAUGGAGAGAAAGCAUCAGGACUGGUUUGAUGAAAACAGUACUGAGAUCAGAAAACUAUUAGACGAAAAGCACAAGCUCCACAAAUUGUGUCUGAACAACCCAAACUCCCAGUCCACUAAAGAUGCAUUCACUAACAUCCGUAAAAAUGUGCAAAAACAGCUACGCCAAUACAAGAUACCUGGCUUAGCAAGAAAGUGGAAACAAUACAGGAAUUUGCUGACAAGCACGAUAUGAAGAACUUCUACCAUGUCAUAAACGAAAUCUAUGGACCCACAAAGUCAGGCUCAUCCCCUCUAUUAAAUGCUGAUGGGACAAUCCUAUUGACAGAUAAGGAAGAAAUCCUAAAACGCUGGGCAGAGCACUUCGAAAAGGUUCUCAAUACACCUUCCAUCAUAAAUGAAGCGGCCAUAGACAGGCUACAGCAGCGAUGCCCAAAAUACGGCCCGCGACUUGGUUCCAUCCGGCCCGUCGAAACGUCGACACAAAGAGUAAAAAAUCCCCCUCUUUUCCAAAAAAAAAAAAAAAUGUUGAGAAAUGCAUUUUACUUCUAACGUUGGAUUGGCAACAUGACCUUUAACAUUUAUAUGUUUAUGAAAUGGGAGAGUUGAAGUGGAAUUUAGAAUCUCAUUUUUUUUUGGAAACGAUAAUAAGCCAACAUAUUUGAUUUGUAUAGAAAGUGUAGCCGUUGUAUUUUUUUUUUAACAACAGAUAAACGGCAUUAUAAAACAUAUAAAAUAUUAUACCAUUCUAAGUUUGUGCGCGAAUAAAAAGAUUUUUAAACUACGCCUAGAAAAUGGAGGAUCGAUGGGAAUAUUUACCAAAAAGAGACAAGAAAAUGAAUCGUUGGCUAGCUAGCUAUAAUUUUGCUCGCAUUUUAAGUAGAGAAAUGAAACCAGUUUCCAACGCAAAAAAAGAUAAAAAGAUAUCUUUCAGAUAUCCUAUUAAUUAAUGUAAGCACAGUAACUAGAAACUUCUAGAUCAACCGGUUUCUAUUAAAAUUGUUUUACGUUAAUUUUUUUUCGUUUUUGUACCUUUUCAGUCUUGUGGCCCACGACAUGAGUGUCGGAAAUUAAUUUGGCCGCAGGUUGAAUUAGGUUGGUCAUCACUGGGCUACAGCAAGUACCAAUAAAUGAAAAAAUGGAUGAUCCCCCUACGCUAAUGGAAACCGAUCUUGCCAUUCAACAGCUCGCAAGCGGAAAAGCCCCAGGAGCUGACUCCAUUCCCGCAGAGGUCUACAAAAAAAGGUGGAUUAACCCUGAUUGAAAGACUUCAUAAGCUCUUCUUAAUUAUGUGGGAAAAAGAGUCAAUACCACAAGACUUUAAAGAUGCCAAAAUUGUUCAUUUAUACAAGCGAAAAGGAAAACGCCAGAUCUGCGACAACCACAGAGGAAUAUCUCUUCUCUCUAUUGCUGGGAAAAUCCUUGCACGCAUCCUACUAAAUCGGCUCAUGCAACACAUAGAAUAUGGUCUACUACCAGAAAGCCAGUGCGGCUUCAGAAAAGAGCGUGGAACCAUUGACAUGAUCUUUGCAGCAAGGCAGCUCCAGAAAAAAUGCCAAGAACAAAAUGCUGACCUGUUCUCAAUAUAUGUCGACUUAACAAAGGCAUUCGACACUGUUAGCAGAGAAGGACUCUGAAAGAUCAUGUCAAUAUGGCUGUCCACAAAAAUUCAUAACCAUGGUGAGACUAUUUCAUGAUGGCAUGAAGGCUCGUGUCCAAGAAAGUGGAAAACCAUCAGAGUCCUUCGAAGUAUCAAACGGGGUAAAACAAGGCUGUGUCUGUCAGAUGCAUUCACAAAUAGAGAAAACAACGGGAUAAAUAUAUCAUACAGAUUUGAUGGUGGCCUAUUCAACCCGAGUCGGCUUAAAGCAAAAUAAAAAACAAAUGCAGCAGUAAUAAGAGAUUUGCUAUUCGCUGACCACUGUGCCCUAAAUGCCUGCUCUGAAUACGGAUUAAUUUAAUAUCGAUAAAUAAACUAUAGUGACGUGUUGUCAAAAAAUAUACGUGUAAUAUUAGCCAAUCAUGUGAUUUCAAACAAUCAUUUGACAUAAUUUAUUUUUUAUAAAACAAUAUCCGGAACAACUGUAUAGUUAAUGAAAUAUAAGUCAGUAUAGAGAUUUUCAUUUAGCAUUUAUAUAUGCUAUUUACAUUAAAAAACCGAAACAACAUAUUAUUGAUCAUGUGUUUUUUGCAAUGUUUACGCAUGGAAAUUAAAUGUAAUAUAAGUUAGAAGAGCAAACAAACAAUGGUUGGCAUUGAUUUUUUUUCACAAAAACAUCCAGAACAAUCUAUUAUAGAUACUUAAAACUUUUGAGAUGUUUCGGAAGAAACAUUAAAGGUUAAAUCAGAUUUUUAAUA